GAGAGGAGGCAGGAGGCGGCCGAGGGUGCGGGUGGUGGGUGCAGGUCUUCUCCAUGGAGCGGUCGGGGGUCACCCUCCGCCGGGUUCCCCCCCUGGCAGUCAUCGUGCUGCUGCUGCUGCUUCUGCUGCCGGUGCCCGGGGUGACCCCCCAUAAGGGCAGGCUGGGCCGGCGCGGGAGGAGCCCCCCAGCGGAGGACAAUGCGGUGAUGCCCGCAGGCCCAGGUGAGGGGCAGGAGCUGCUGGAAGAGACAUUCAUCGUGUCCUCGGUGGGGGAGGACCUCCAGACCGUGAACAUGGCAAGACCGGAGGAGGAGGAGGCGGGGGAGAAGGGCGAGGAAGAGGAGGAGGAGGGCGGCGCGGUGGUGGCAGAGGCGGCGGCUCUGCGGGACCACCUCUUCGACCUGGCCUUCUGCUUCAACCUGGCCAGCAUCCUGAUUUUUUUAUGAGGGACGUCGAGGCCGAGGUCAUCGGCUGGUUCCUGGACGAGGACCUGGACAUCUACCUCCGCUUCGUGAUCUCCUACUGACCCAUCCCCAACCCUGCGGCCUCGCCCUGGCCCGAGGAGCGCUGAUGUGGGGGGAGGGGAGCUAUCCCCCACCACCCCCGGCCGCCUCCCUUCAGAUUCCUCGACAGCAGCAGCAGCAAAUAAAGCCGAGGAGAGCUAGGCCUCGCUGUCCAUC